AUGCUGCGCCUCUCCGUGAAACGCUUGGGACUGCGGCCGGCACGGCCAUUGCUUGCAACCGUGGCUGGCCAUGGGCAACGUAUGAGGAAGCAGUCCUUCGGCUACGGCGACCAUGCCCCGCCCGAUGCGCCGGGCUUCGGUGGUGAGCAUCAGCAGUACCCACCAGAGACCGUGGGCAACACGGUGAAGUACAUCUCCGAGAACAUGACCAACCCACCCAAAUAUAAGGAGAUCAUUGAAGGAAUUGGCUACCCUGGGCAGAAGAACUCGCAUGGUGGUUUGUGCACCCUGGGCCGCAUCUACUACGGCCCGGGCCGUUACGACUAUGGCCGCCCCAAGAUGCCCAAGGGAUGGGUUGCCAACUUUUUCUAUCCUCUCUGGGAGUUCGGCCACAUCUUCUUUGUUGCCGAUCGUUGGCUGGCGUGGCGUGCCCUUCGUCACAUCUUGGCCAUCACCAUUUGCUUCAUCCCAAUGAACAUCCACAUGCAUUGGAACGCCCGGAUGAUGGAGGAUUACAAGAAGACACACGAGUGGUGA